AACAUUAAAAUAAACUUAUUAAUAAUCAAAAUGGUGUAUAGAAGACCAGUUUCUUGGUUCCUAACUGAGUCAGGACGUAAGUUUUCCUUCGCUGUCGUUACCGGUACUGGACUAGGGUUUACUGCUGCUAAAUGGGCUCCACAUACAUUACUAAUCGAUAAAUACAAGGAAUUCGUACAAUACUAUAGUAAUGGAAAACCGCAAGAAUUGUCUAAUGAACUCCAGAAGCGCUGUGAACAAUGUCUCGACAUUCUAAAGUUGCCCGAUGUGCACAGACGCCUAAUAACACCGUUCAGCGUUUACGGAUAUGACCUAUUCCAUGCAGGCAGCUCGAAAUCCAAAUUUGGAGUAGCUGUUGGGAUUCCUGUAAACUUCACUUACAAAUCAAUUGCUGAUAUUCUAAACGAUAAUAAUAAUAUACAAGUAAAUCAGAAGACAGUUGACUGGGAAUCAGAAGUUGGUAAGAAGUUAGCAAAUGCCCUCAUUUUACCUGAGAAGGUGCAGCAGUUUGCACUAUGCAGAGAAAUACUUAUGUGUCUCAACCACAAAAUUCUACUUGAGGCUACCUAUCCAUUUACUUGUAUGUUUUUGGCUUACAACGUUUCAACGUAUUUAAACAACAAACUUAAUUUAUACAAAAUGCCUACAGCCACUAGAGGUAUUCUUUACUCUAUUGUUGGAUUAUUUAGUUUGGGGACAUACUUUUUAAUGAAGGAUAUGACAGAAGUGUACUAUGAAACACAAGUUGAUAAAAAAUUAUGUGAACUAGGGCCAGACUUCAUUGAAAGUGGUGUAAUCUUUUAUGAUAAGUUGUUACAACGUAAUCAAGCCCUAAGAGAACUUAUGGGGAGUGAAGGAGAGAGAAAAUAUUCAAAAUUAGGCAACGAAAACUAUUUUCUCAGACAACCUCGCAUGGCUCUCAUCCAUAGGAAACAGUUCUUCGAAGAACGGUUAAAAGGAGCUCGCAAAGACUCUGAAGGUGUUGAUGAUGGCUUUACAUCAACAUAGACAC